AUACAAUUAACACUUCUAACCGUAAUUUAAGGUCAUUAAAAUAAAUUGAGUUCAUUGUGUGUUUUAAACUUUUAUUGUACAGACUGUAAAAUUGACUUUGUGAUAUGAAUAUGUAUACAAAACAGCACUUUAAAAAGGACAUAAGAGAGCAUGUUUAAGGCAUAUAGGUGAGUGGCAGGAACUGUUUCCACGUUAGCUUAGCGGAGUUAGCCGGUGGCACGCGGAGAGAUCUCACCGUUGCAGGCUAGCGCGUGCUGACGCGCAUAAACUUUGAGCAGCGAGACACACAUUGAUUAACCUCGUAUCAACUGGAGACGGCAGGUUUGUAACACUGAAGCACAGCUACAGCUCAACUGCUUUAUUUAGGACAGGUUAAAUGCACGGUUCUUAACAGCUUUCCUCCACGUUCCCAGAGUUGAGACCUGACUGACGAGCAAAAAAAAAAAAAAUGACAACCGACAAGCCAAGGAGCGUACUCCGCGAAGCCUCCCAUCAGAUUAUAGCCGGUGGAUCCGCUGGUCUGGUGGAGAUCUGCUUGAUGCAUCCACUCGAUGUUGUGAAGACAAGGUUUCAAAUCCAGGGAGGAUCGAGCGACCCCACCAGCUACAAGAGUCUACGAGACUGCUUCCGCACGAUUUUCCGCAAGGAAGGAAUCUUUGGCUUCUACAAGGGAAUUCUGCCUCCUAUCCUGGCAGAGACCCCGAAGAGAGCAGUGAAGUUUUUCACCUUCGAGCAGUACAAGAAGGCGCUGAGUCUGACGCCUUUGUCUCCUGGCAUGGCGCUGUCUGUAGCCGGCCUCGGCUCAGGCUUGACCGAGGCCUUCAUCGUCAACCCAUUCGAAGUGGUGAAAGUCAGUCUCCAGGCCAACAGGGACUCCUUCAAAGAGCAACCCUCCGCUUUCGCCCAAGCACGACGUAUCAUCAACUCAGACGGCUUUGGAUUGAGAGGUCUGAAUAAAGGGUUAACGUCAACACUGGGACGCCACGGAGUUUUCAACAUGAUCUACUUUGGCUUCUACUUCAAUGUCAAGGACGCGAUCCCGGCCAACCCGGACCCCACGUUAGAGUUCCUGAGGAAGUUUGCGAUUGGCCUCACGUCUGGGACCAUCUCGUCAUGUGUGAAUAUUCCCUUCGACGUAGCAAAGAGCCGCAUUCAAGGGCCCCAGCCGGAACCGGGAGCCAUCAAGUACCGCACCUGCUUCCAGACCAUGGCGCUGGUGUACCGCGAAGAGGGCUUCUUGGCUCUAUACAAAGGCUUGGUUCCCAAGGUCAUGAGACUUGGACCAGGUGGAGCGGUGAUGCUGCUGGUCUACGAAUAUGUGUCGUUGUGGUUGCAGAAACACUGGUAACGAGAAAACCACAGAAGAGAAAUGAAAGCCUGUAAUUUCUGUUCCAAAUUUAUUCCUCAUUGACUGAAUUGGUGACUCACCACGAAGCCUUUGGAUUUGUUUUGGGGGUUUUUGUGUUUGUUUGUUUUUUCUAAGAUUUAUAAAAAUACCAAAAUAGUGUUCCCAUAUUUGGACGAUGCAUCUUGAUCACUCAGGAAUGAAAGCUGUGUGAACCAAUUGCACCAAAUAGUAUUUAGAUUUUUUUUUUUUUUUACCAAACGCUCCUAGCAUAGACAAAACUGUGCCGACUUUAUAAAGUGACCUUUGUAAAUGGAGCUCUAAAGUUAUUAGACGAAAUAUUAGCUUUUUCUUUGCCGCUCUGUUUGUCCCCAACUUGUUUAAAAUGGGUCAGUUUGCUUUUUUUUUGUUUUUUUUUCUUUUUUUUUACAAAAAUGAACUAAAUAAAUAGUUACCUUCACUUUACAACA